AUGAAGCGACGAGAGCUCGAGACUAGAGAUCAGAUGCUACAUCCAUCGGCUGAUAAUCAGCUCAUGGAACGACAAUAUCACAGAACUCAGAGUAACGUCAGCAAGCCCUCAGUAACCGAGACAGUGCAACGUUUCGAAGAGACUCGCAGAACUGAAGAAGUCGAACGACGUGUGCAACGAAAAGAACGUCGCGACCGUCGUUCCAGACAGCAUUCAUCGUCGCGUCAACAUGCUUCACAUGGUUCUCGCGACAAUUGGGAAAAUGGAUACUCUGGUAAGAUUUCUGCAUGCUAA